AUGCACUUUUGUGAUUUGUUACAAAAAUAUAAAAACUAUUUUAACUAAACAAAAAAAAAAAAACAAAACAAACAUGUCAAAGUUAGUUAUUAUUUUAUUAGCUGUGAUGAUGAUUCAGGCAAAUGGAUCACCUGAUCAACCAGAAGAAGAAUGUCUUGAAAUUGAAGAUGUUAGUCUAGAAGAAGCAUCAACAAUUAUUCAUACAAAAAUACCCAAAUUCGAAGAUCAAUCAAAUAAGAAAUUAACAUGUUUUGCAGCUUGCAUGAUAGAACAAAUGAAUAUCACACACGGUUGUUCUUUUCAAUAUGAACUAGGUAAACAGCAUGUGCUUGGACGUAAAAUAUAUGAUGAAGAUUUGGUGAAUUCAUUGGAUAUAUGUAAGGAUAGUGCGCAAGGAAAAGAACGCUGUGAAUGCGGCUACAAUGUAUAUAAAUGUAUAACUGAUUACUUCAUUUCAUUGAGGGGAAAAGGAUCCAACAAACAUUAAUAAUUUUUGUAAAACUGGGUUUGGUUAGUUGUAUACAGGGUGUUCCAACAUUUAUAAUUU